AAGCGAGAGAGAGAGAGAGACUUAGAAAAUCAGUGCCCGGCCACACACUACUGAGUGUUCACACACUCCCCACCCACGAAGAAACUGAAUGGCCUGGGCGACAUAGCGCUUCGUGGAUCGCGGCAGCGGCGGCGGUUCUGUUCGGGCUGUUUCCGCCAGUUGGACUUGGUGUUGUCGGAGCGCUAGCCCCAGUUCCACUCGUGUUUGUCACGGAGGGGAGGAGGUGAAAACUACCAGCCGCCAUCUUUUGGAAGUGACUGGGAGUGGGGAGUUAGCUUUCGAGCUAUAACAUUCAUUGGCUAGUUUUUGGGCCUCGGUUUCUGGUAAUAUUUGCUUAUGAAUCAUCAGCCUGCAACAUAACCAGCACUAACAUUUCCGGAUAGUCGAGAUUUGUGGAUGCGGGGACUCCGCGGGGUCUGUCGAAGCUCUGAAGGAAUUAAACUUGUUCAGAUUUGUGCCCAAAUCUGUGCUCCACUCUCUCAAACUGCGCCCAGCUGGUUGCACCCAGUUCCUCCCAGGACAGCUGUGUUGGCUAGCUGGCUAACUGACAGUCUUGGUUGCUAAUACCCCUCCCCGGCGUCCUGCCCCUAUCAAAAACUGGACUGUUGGACAGGUCCCUAUGCUUACACUGCCACUCUCUGGCAGAUGAGUCAUCGGCGGGGACCUGCGCGUCGCAGUCGCACGGCCAGAUAGUCCCCUGCGAGUGCGGCUGCCUCCCCGGCCUCGCAGCAUGCCCUCCACCAACCGGGCAGGGAGCCUCAAGGACCCAGAGAUCUCAGAGCUCUUCUUUAAGGAGGACCCAGAGAAGCUCUUCUCUGACCUGCGUGAGAUCGGACAUGGCAGCUUCGGAGCUGUGUACUUCGCACGUGAUGUGCGAACCUCAGAGGUGGUGGCCAUUAAGAAGAUGUCUUAUAGUGGAAAACAGUCCAAUGAGAAAUGGCAGGAUAUCAUUAAAGAAGUAAAAUUCCUCCAGCGAAUACAACACCCAAACAGCAUAGAAUAUAAAGGAUGCUAUCUACGGGAACAUACAGCAUGGCUUGCAAUGGAAUACUGCUUGGGGUCGGCCUCCGACCUCCUUGAAGUUCACAAAAAGCCCCUUCAGGAAAUAGAGAUUGCAGCUAUCACCCAUGGUGCUUUGCAGGGGCUUGCCUACCUUCAUUCUCAUAAUAUGAUUCACAGGGAUAUCAAAGCUGGGAACAUCCUGCUGACCGAGCCUGGACAGGUCAAAUUAGCAGAUUUUGGCUCUGCUUCCAUUGCCUCUCCAGCCAAUUCCUUUGUGGGGACGCCAUAUUGGAUGGCCCCAGAGGUGAUACUGGCCAUGGAUGAGGGACAGUAUGAUGGCAAAGUGGAUGUCUGGUCCCUUGGGAUCACUUGUAUAGAGCUAGCUGAGAGGAAGCCCCCUCUGUUCAACAUGAAUGCGAUGAGUGCCUUAUACCAUAUAGCGCAGAAUGAGAGCCCAACACUGCAGUCUAGUGAAUGGACGGAUUACUUUAGAAACUUUGUUGACUCUUGCCUUCAGAAAAUCCCCCAGGACAGACCGCACUCUGACGAUUUGCUGCAGCAUGCCUUUGUUCAGCGAGAGAGGCCAGACACUGUUUUGAUUGACCUGAUCUUGCGGACCAAAGAUGCAGUCCGAGAGCUGGACAACCUGCAGUACCGCAAGAUGAAGAAGAUUCUCUUCCAGGAGGCACACAAUGGACCAGCCACUGAGUCACAGGAAGGAGAUGAGGAGCCAGAGCAUGGCGCUGGACGUACAGGCACAGUGAACAGUGUGGGCAGUAACCAGUCCAUCCCCAGCAUGUCCAUCAGUGCCAGCUCUCAGAGCAGCUCAGUCAACAGCCUACCUGAUGCUGCAGAUGACAAGAGUGAACUGGACCUAAUGCAGGGAGACGACACAGUGAUGUCUAACAGCUCCGUCAUACAUCUCAAACCUGUACGUCCACAGGAGGAAGAAGAGGUUUACCGUGAAGAAUCAGAGGCACACAAUCACCCCUCUGAGCCUCCGGCAGCUCCAGCACAGCCGCCCCAACGCAAACACCGCAACCGCGAGCACUUUGCCACCAUCCGCACGGCCUCAUUGGUAACAAGGCAGAUGCAAGAGCACGAACAAGACUCUGAGCUGAGAGAGCAGAUGUCUGGCUACAAGCGCAUGAGGCGGCAACACCAGAAGCACCUGAUGGCCCUGGAGAACAAACUGAAGGCCGAGAUGGAUGAGCACAGACUAAGGCUGGACAAGGAGCUGGAAACUCAGAGGAAUAGUUUUGCUGCUGAGAUUGAGAAACUGGUGAAGAAGCACCAGGCAGCCAUGGAGAAAGAUGCCAAGUCAUUUGCUAAUGAUGAGAAAAAGUUUCAACAGCACAUCCAGGUUCAGCAGAAGAAAGAGCUAAGCAGCUUCAUUGAAUCGCAGAAACGGGAAUACAAACUACGCAAGGAACAACUAAAAGAGGAGCUGAAUGAGAACCAGUCCACACCCAAGAAGGAGAAGCAGGAGUGGCUAUCCAAGCAGAAGGAAAACUUCCAGCACUUCCAGGCUGAGGAGGAGGCUAACUUACUGCGUCGGCAGCGGCAAUAUCUGGAGCUGGAGUGCCGGCGCUUUAAACGCCGCAUCCUCAUUGCCAGACACAAUGUAGAGCAGGAUCUUGUACGAGAAGAGCUGAAUAAGCGUCAGACACAGAAGGACCUGGAGCAUGCCAUGCUGCUGCGGCACCACGAGUCCAUGCAGGAGCUGGAGGUGAGGCAACUGGGCACCAUCCACAAGAUGAGAACUGAGCUGAUCCGCCUGCAGCACCAGACUGAGCUCACCAACCAGCUGGAGUACAACAAGCGCAGGGAGAGAGAGCUGCGCCGCAAGCAUGUGAUGGAGGUCCGCCAGCAACCCAAGAGCCUGAAGUCCAAGGAGCUGCAGAUCAAGAAACAGUUUCAGGAUACAUGUAAGAUCCAGACACGGCAGUACAAGGCCCUGCGCAACCACCUACUGGAGACCACCCCCAAGUCGGACCACAAGGCUGUGUUGAAGAGACUCAAAGAGGAGCAGACACGCAAACUGGCCAUUCUGGCUGAGCAGUAUGACCACUCAAUCAAUGACAUGCUCUCUACACAGGCUUUGCGAUUGGAUGAGGCCCAGGAGGAGGAGUGCCAGGUGCUGAAGAUGCAGUUGCAGCAGGAGCUGGAGCUGUUGAACGCGUAUCAGAGCAAGAUCAAGAUGCAGACGGAUGCGCAGCAUGACCGUGAGAGGAAAGAGCUUGAGCAAAGAGUCUCGCUGCGCAGAGCCCUCCUCGAACAGAAGAUCGAAGAGGAAAUGCUGGCCCUGCAGAACGAGCGCUCUGAGAGGAUUCGCAGUCUGCUGGAGCGGCAGGCGCGCGAGAUUGAAGCGUUCGACUCUGAGAGCAUGCGCCUGGGCUUCAGCAACAUGGUGCUCUCCAACCUGGCCUCAUCUGAUGGCCACAGCCACAGCUUCCCAGGGGCCCCUGGCGGCUGGAGCUCUCAGCACGGGGCCGGCUCGCAGGGGUCACACUGGGGAGGUAGUGGUGGUGGCAGUUCUGGGGUAGGAGGGCAUCAUGGCAGUCAGCACGGCAGCCACCACGGCGGCCACCACCACCACCAUCACCACCUUAGCCAGAGCGGCUCCAUCCAGCAGCCCUGGGGUCACGGCUUACCUGCCGGAGGGCCCCCUCCCUGGGGCCACCACGGCUCUGGGGGGAGCCAACGGUCAAGUGGUAGCGGUGGGGGAGCGCGGAACAGCCCUCAGGCAGUGCGGCGAACCUCGUCGGGAGGGCGUAGUGAGCAGGGGAUGAGCAGGAGCGCCAGCAUCGCCUCUCAGAUCUCCAACGGUUCGCACCUGUCCUACACGUAAGACUGCCCACGCUCUGCCCACUACAAGCCGCCUCACACUGUUCCACGAAGCCACGGGAGAAGGAGUGGGUGUACAUUUGAGGUCCUGAGGUUCCUCUGCCGCAUUUUAUUUUUCAUGUUUCCCCCAGUUUACCUUACUAAAUUCUUGCACCUUAUAUUAAAGGACAUAGAUUCUUAUAGUCCUGGAUAUGAAUGAGAAAAGCUCUUAGAAGUUCAGCUCAGCAUGAUGUUGGAAAUGUCUACAGCACAGCGUACCUAGUAAACAUUAGGUCUGUCACGAUAACUAUUCUUUUUUUUAUCGAUAUAUUGCCACAGAAAAAAAAGUAAUUAUUAUUUUCAUUUUUAUGCCUAAGGAUAAUAAAAUAGCAUAACAAUGCAACAAAUAUUUAAAUAUCUAAAUAAAUAAAUAAAAUAUUAAUAAAGUAAAACGUUCAUGUCAAUGGACUCUUCUCACUGAGAAAAACAUAAAGACCGAUAUUGAAAUUUUGCUCAUAUCCAAAUGUACUUAUCAUGACAGGCCUGAUAAACGUAAUAAAAGUAUGAGAACAUUUAGAAAGUAGGGAGGGAGAGAAAGAGAGUGGCAUUGCUUCGGUAUGCUGAGCAUUUAUGUUAUGCCGUUUGGGUUCAUUGCAGUGCGUUUCCUCUGACAGGAAGCAAAGGAUUUUGUAUGUAAAUCAGUCAUGGGUUUUAUCAUGAUCUUGUGGGCGGGUUGCUGCUUGAGAUGACGCUCAGAAUUGUAAGGAAACUUAGACAGUACCUUCAAAAAUGCAUCAGAGACCUGAUUUUAACGUUAGCACAUUUUAAUUAGAAGUGGCACACGACAGAAUGUGGACAGAGAUAUAAAUCAUUUAUUAACGGGUAAAGCCAGUUUUUUCUUUUUAUUUUGGAGACUUUGGAAUCUUUUACCGCUGGGGGCCAUCCAUUGUUAAAGUAGCUUUAAUAAAAUGCACUUGAUUUAUUUUGUUGUUGAUGCUGUGCCAUUGGAGGUGAAAUCAUUAACAGCCAACUUUGGUUAGUUUUAAAACACUAAGCACUAAUGUCCUGAAGCUUUAUUGUAUAGAUAAAGAUUACUAUUUUUUUUUACGUUGUUUUUGUUUUUUGUCAGGACAAUUUUUACUAUUUACAAUGCUGUGAGAGUCCCAGAGAAAUGUGGCCGUGAUGAUUGUAUGCCUGUGCCAGAUUUGGUAAUCUACCAAAGUUCCUUCAUAGUUCUAAUUUUAGCAGUAGCACAUCGCAAGCCAGGAUUGAUUAGUAAUGUCAAGAGACCCUUUGCAUUAAAACAUAGGUUUACGUUGCCAUAAAUGUAUGUAGUGUGAGUCAGUCAGAUUGUCUGUGGGUUUCCUGAUACCCUGUUUGCAUCUCUUUGCUUUGUAUUGUUAUGUAGCAUCUGGAUUGUGUCCUGAUAAAAUUGUAGCCACAUGAAUCGUCUGGUUAGUUUUGAUUGUCUAAUUUAAAUGACCAGAGCAUCCAGUUUUGCUGCUGAACUGCUGUUCAGUCCACCUCCAAAAAUUUGAUUUUCUGUUGUUUGUUUAUGGCUAUCAAGCCUAUCAAUACCAAUCUGAAUGUAAAUGCUUUUUGGCUGUUCACACCAUCUAGUUUUCUUUUUUAAAAGAUGGUUUGGCCUUAUUCAGAUAUAAUCCUGAUGCUCAGUGCAGAUUAGGUGAUUAGGUGUAAACAGGGUCUGAGGAAUAAAGGGGUGUGGUAGGUCUAAUGAGAUCAGGUUUUCAGUUUUUCAGUUUGUUGGAUGGAAAGUAAGGAUUUGAUUAUAAGUGUGUAUUGAUUUGAUUCAAGAAAUGGAAAGACUUAGAGAGAGAGAGAGAGAGAGAGAAAGAGAGAGAGAGAGAGAAAGAAGCUUGUUGGAUAAAGGAAGUUGACCCCGGUGUGUGUCGGUGUAUAAGGGAAUUUGAGAUGUAGGGUUUUGUUUUAGACUGCACAAAAUGAAUGUUCUGCUAGGAAAAUACUGAUGUGUAAAUAUAUAAAUAUAUGUGUAUAUAUGUAUGAAUGGAUGAGUGGGUGGUGUGGCGUUGAAAUCUUUCCCUCAGCUGUAGAGAGGAUAAUAAUAAUAAUAAUAAUAAUAAUAAUAAUAUUAAAAAGAAAUAGACUGAUGUCUGUCAGAUAUCAGAUUCAUACUCAGAAUGCCAAAGUUUUAACUCUUUUCCCAGCUAUGCAAGAGGCAGAAGCUUUCACCUGCUUGAAAGAAACUGACAAAAGAAAGGCCUUAAUGGGUCUAAUCUAUUUUUGUCCUGUUCUUUUAUUUUUUUCCCCCUCUUCUUUACCUUUUGGACCUCAUUUGUUCCCUCCUGCCUCUCCCCAGGCUUCGUAUCGUGGCAGUAUGUGUGGGUUUAAAGCAGGGAAGGUCAGUUCUGGGCAGGUUUGUGACCGCUGAAUGUUUUUGCUGGGUGAGUGGGUGCCGCUGCUGUCGCCCCUGCAAUGCCUUUGUCACUUUCACACCCAUCCCAGAGCUUUGGCAUCUGCUGCCCAACAUCCACCCUCAACUGAGCAUUUAUAAUAAAUGAUGUGUACAAAAGUGAUCAAACGAAAGAAGAAGAAACAAAAAAAAACGUCAGAAAAGCAAAUAUAACAGUGUGAUAUGUUAGAGAUAUAGUAAAGAGACAGCUUUAAAGUGGGAUGUAUAGGAAGAGUUUGUGUAUAUUGUACAUUUUAGAACUUUAAAGAAAAAAGGAAAUAUAAGAUUAUGAAAGAUGAACCCAACUAGUUUAAAAAAUUAACUGCUUGAAUGUGAAGACAAAAAAAAAGAAAAAAACAGCUCUGUUUCUAAUAGUAUUUAAAGACAAAUAUCAUGCAAAUUCUCACAGGGUUGGAGCACAGCUAAAAGACCUCUUGAUUCCAUAUCGCCCCUGAACUCCUCAUACUGACAGUGUUCUCUCUAGCUCUCUUUCCCCGUCUCUCUCUCUCUACCUCUUUCUCUCUCUCUCUCUCUCUGUCCCUCUCCACCUCCCACUCACCUCGUUCAUGUUCUUUCAUUAUCAAUAUCCACGGUAAGAUCUGUGAGGUUUACUUUCAUCAUAUUACUCAAAGGGUUUCAUUCUCGUUCAGAACGAGAUGAAGCCGUAACACAACUGCCAUCACAGGGUUGUCAAAUCAAUUAUUUGACUUUUUUUUAACUCUGCUAAAACUGCUAGUGUCCAAGGCUCUGAAUGCUUCAAUGUCUAUCUACGCUGUCAUCUAUAAACUAGCUUGGUACAUGUUCUUUGGUGUGUGCAUGGCAUCACUGAGUACAUAGCGAUGUCAUUAAGCUUAGUCUUUAUCUAGCCUAUAUCGCAAGCCAACUGAGCCAUUGUACUUUUUCAGGCCUGUGAGGACCUGGGCCAAACCAAGGAGGAGCAACUAAACCUAACCUAAAGAAACCACAGCAUUCAGAUAGAUGCACCAUGCCAAAAUCCUAUAGCCAACCUCAUUUUCAGCACUCUAUUGGGAUCAGCAGAGUCGGAAAUCAGGUUACACUAGAGCUCAUCUGUUUAUUACCCCCCCUGUCCUUCAGCUAAGGUCAGUCACUCUCCUAAUAAGGUCCAUCCUGCCCGAGGUGCUGGAGCUGGACUGUGCCGUAUGUGUUUAGAAGGAGAGAGGAGGUGUGCCCCCUUGUGGAAGUGUGUGUAUGUAAUCCAUGCAGUGUCACAUCGCAGCCCUUAUCAUACCCAUGUUUGAAUGACCCUUUUCAAAAGCGUGAGAACAAGGGGAUUGGGCAAUAACAAAGCAAGGGGUGUGUCUCUGUACAGCGUGUGUUUACCAGUAUUGCUUCAAAUAUUUUAUUUUAAUGGUCACUGUUUCCUUUUUUCCUGCUUCGACAUUACCAUAACAAUCCAUAUAUAACCUGUAUUAAAAUGUAUAGAUUGUGAAAAGCUGAAUGUCAGAGAUUACAACAAAUGUAUGGCUAUUCAUAACAAGAAAAAAAUAAUUAAAAUGUAAACAAAAAAGUUCUGAAAACUUUAGGGGACAUGUAAUGUUUUGUUUGUAAUUACUCCUUUUGUUGGCAGAGGGCUACUGGAUAAAGAAUCAACUGUAAUAAAGUAAUUUUAGUA